CGAUGCUCUUUCCGAAUGGAGCGCGUGCACGGUAAACAUCGGUGCUGUUUGUAUUCCUUUGGGACUCGUAUGGGAUGGGACGACGACGAUUCGUGGAUAUCCCUCGUUCUCGACAGACGAAAACAAAGCCGGUUAAACGUGUCGCUAAUCAGUUUGUGAUCGUUUGUGCACGCAGGAUGAGUUCCAUCCAUUCAUUGAGGCCCUUCUACCAUUCGUGAAGUCUUUCUCGUACACGUGGUUCAACCUACAAGCCGCCAAGAGGCGUUACUACAAGAAGCACGAAAAACGGAUGAGUCUCGAAGAGGAACGUCAGUGCAAGGAGGAGCUUCAGAACGAGAAGCUGGAGGUGAAACAGAAAUGGGCCUCGCGGCUUUUGGGCAAGUUGCGAAAGGAUAUCACGCAGGAGUACAGAGAGGACUUCGUGCUGAGUAUAACGGGGAAGAGGCCGGCCAUGUGCGUUCUGAGUAAUCCUGAUCAGAAGGGUAAAAUGCGUCGUAUCGACUGCCUGCGCCAAGCCGAUAAGGUAUGGAGGUUGGACCUAGUAAUGGUGAUCCUCUUCAAGGCAAUUCCGUUGGAGUCGACGGACGGGGAACGGCUGGAGAAGACUGCGGAAUGCGCUCAGCCGGGCCUCUGCGUCAACCCCUAUCACAUCAACGUCUCCGUCCGGGAACUCGAUCUCUACCUCGCCAAUUUUAUCACCAGCCACGGUAAGGGAUGGUUCCGUUCGAUUUAUUCUCCCCAAAUUUACCUUUAUCUCUUGUGUUCGCUUCUCUCGUGA